AUGAUCAAGGUUGUUUCCAAUGACCAUCUGGGGAAGAAUGUCUGCGUCAAGUUCAACACUGAUCACACCAUCAGGGACUUUAAGAAACUGAUUGCAGCCCAAACCAACACCCAUUGGAACAAGAUUGUUCUGAAGAAGAGGUACACAAUUUUUAAGGACCAUGUGUUAUUGGGGGACUACGAAAUCAAUGAUGGGAUGAACGUGGAGCUUUACUACCAAUAGAACA